UCAGCUGUUAUUUUUAUCUGUCAAAUGUAGAAAAUCUGUACGAUGUGUGUCGGGUAAAAUUCGCAAAUUUAGGUGGUUUUUGGACAGAGAUGAGGCACAAAGAUGGCAGUAAAUCGACAACAUUACAACUUCCUCUGCCAGCAUUAUUCUAAAUCUAUCUUGGAAUCCAAGUUAAUGCUAGAUGAGGACAUGGAAGUUAUACAGUGCGAUUAUUACAAUGAAAAUUCAUCCGAUUACUCUUACAGACCCUCUUUAUUCUUCACUGUUGGCACUACCCUCUCCCUGGGUUUCACCAUACUCAGCAAAAGAAUAGGUUUCAACGUUUUAUUGGUGCCCUCAAUUUUAUUUGCCACUUUUACUUUGGUUUACGAAGUAAGCGAGAUUUUGAGAAAUAAACGACAGAGGAGUAACAUCAAUAAUUUGAUAGACGCGUUAAAAAAUAUACGUUAUUUGAACAACAAUGUGGCACAUUUUGUUAAGUUGAGGCACGAGAUCAAAGAGAAUGGUCCCUGUAAGUUUUUUGAAGCAAUUACUCCGCAAGUGCACAGUUUGGUUUGUUUUGUAAAUAAAAAUGAAACUGAAGUUUUACACAAAAUCAAGCAUUUUUUGCUGCAACUAUCGAAGUUGGAGGAGAGUUUGGAGGACGACGUGAGCAUUAUACACGAAGUUAUUUUAGAUAACGAUAUUGGCUGUGAGAUGGAGUCAAUUGUUUUGAUGGAAAGUUUGCAGAGAUUGCAAGCCAUCUACGUGUUGUUUAUCUCGAAACUGCUGAGUUAUAUUUGCAUUGUUUUGAAUAGGCCUGUGCAAGAGUAUGAAUUUAAGAAGCUGGUUUUUAACUACAUAGUGCCAGAAUUGUUGUGUGACAUAGAAACGUGCCAUAAUUCUAUUAAAAGUAAGUUUGAGCUGGUAAAAUAUUCCAAGGAGAGGGUGAGAAAGAACUAUAAAGACAUGAAUAAAUUAACGAACCAUCUCGCCAAAUCCAUGAGCAAUAGGAUGCAGCAAACUUUGGUUUACUCCACCUCGAAUCUUUCGAUCAUUUUGGAAAAAUCCGAAACGCUGUUAAACUCCAUGGAAGGGCGCACCGAUGAAGACGAUUUAAGCGAUAUAGCGCCCUCUAUUGAGGACUUAAAGAAACACACUUACUCCACAUACGAAACCCUCGACAUACUGUGCAAGUUUUUCGACGUCUACAACAGCAAAAGAACGCGAAAACACGAUCUUGAAAGUCCGAUAAAUUUGGUGAAGAAAGUCGAGAACAGCAUAAAUUUAACCACAAUUAAAUACGACGAUAUCAUCCAGCCAAACGAGGAAGAAUACGAAUUAGAAAUGAAAAAUGAAGAACAAACUGUUGACAACUUCACAGGUGAAUAUCAUGAUGAUAACGGAAAAUGUAUGGGGUUAAUGAUACAGGAGAUGAAGCAGGCUCUGAAAAAACACCAAAGAUUCAUAGACGCCAAAAAGCGAAGGGGCAGCGUUGAUGAGCAACCAAAACUGAAGCCCAUAAAGGAAAGUGAAGAACCCAUCCCCAAAUUCGACUUAAACGAAAAGGUGGAGAAAAUUUUUGACGCCAAACACAGCAAAAUACCUGAACCGCCACCUUUUCCUAUACCAAGUUUUAUAGACAUUGAAGAAGGGGGCAAGAUGACAAGUAUGUUGGAUAGUAUUAAAUUAUUGUCUAAUCAGAUUGAUAUUAAGGAGGAUUAUUUUGGGGAUGACAGCAUGGAGAGUUCCGACAGUGAAUACUAAUUUAUUAAUAAAAAAAUAAAAAACGUUAAUUUAAGGUUUUAUUGAGUUUAAUUUCAAUAAUCUGACUGUGAGUCAAAAGUUUCAGUGUCAGAUAUUUCAGAAUCCGAUAUUUCCAAAUCUGUAUUUUCUGUUACCUUAUCAGCUUUGGCUUGUAAACACGUUUUUUCCCCCUUAUCAUCAGGCUUGUCCAUGUUCUUAACAUCCUUUAAAUCAAACUUGACACCAUAUUUUCUCAAAGUUUCUUUAUAUUUACUCUGAUUUUCCAACUCCUUAAAAUAAGUAUCGUAAUAUUGUAAAGAUUGCUUUAAUUGAUUAAUCAUGAUAUAAAAAUCUUUAUUUUCCAAGCUUUCUUGUCGAUUAUUAUUCAUAAUUGAAUGUUACGUAAAAAAAAUAUUUGACAAAUAAUAAUUGUCAAAAACAUGUCUUACUUUUGCAUUAAUAUCGUUUUCAAAGUUGAAUAAUUGUUGCCUUAUUCUCGCAAUACAUGUUUCUAUUGGCUCAUUACUUAAAUCAUCAUCAUGUAAAGUCAUGUUAAAUAUUUCCUUUAAAUCUUUUUUAUUUUCCAUUUUAAAAAUAUUGUAAGUAUAAUCGUGUCAAUAAAUAUGACAAA